AUGAGUUACAUUUUGGCCGAUGCAGGCUACGAUGUGUGGCUUGGCAACUUUCGAGGCAACACCUACAGCCGCAACCAUACAAGUCUUAAUCCAGACUCUGACGAAAGUUUCUGGCACUUCAGUCGGGAUGAAAUGAGUGAUUAUGACGUGCCAGCAAUGAUUGAUCACAUCAUCACACAGACAGACCACAGACAAGUGAUCAUCCUCGGCUAUUCACAAGGUGGAAGAAUUGGUUUAAUGACAGCCACCAACAGAAUGGUAGCUGAAAAGAUUGAGCUCAUCGUCAGUAUCGGCAGUGCUGGAUUCCUUUCUCUAUUCAGUCAACAAAGUCCACGAGCUAAGAUUUUGUCGCAACUUUGGAGACUACUGGAGAAAAUUGGCAUUUAUGAAGUACUUCCCCGCAAACUCGUCCUCAUUUACGCCUUAUCAACGUUUUGCAAAAUGGGAUCUCCUGGGCAAAGCAUUUGCAAUAAUAUUCUCGCCUCAGCUCUCAGUGAAAGAAUUUUCAUCGACGACUUAUAUGCUAUGAAGGGGGAAACAAUACCCGUCAUCCUCGCAAACUUCUUCGAGGGUUCAUCCGCCAGGAUGGUUUCUCAAGGAGCACAACCAGCAUACAUUGAGUUCCGUAAGUUUGACUUCGGGGAGGCGGAGAACCGGCGUCGCUACGGCCAUGUCACGCCCCCGGCCUACAACGUAUCCAGGAUACCUUGCCCCGUGGCGCUCUACUGGGCUGAAAAUGACCCUACCACAAAGACCAAGGACGUCCGAAGACUUGAGGAAACCGUACCAGGAUUUCAAAGGAGUUACCGCGUCAACAGCGUGUCUUUUGAUCAUUUUGACUUUAUUUUCUCUAAGAAAGCUAAGACUCUAGUUUACCAAGAUAUCAUUGAGCUCCUGAAUCAAUACUGAAGCGUGAGCUUUCAAAUGAAAUGCUUGCAUUUUAUGGUGAAAUUUUCAUGUAUACUUUUUUAAUAGUACAACGCACUUUUAAUAGAGGUUAAUGCAAUAUUUGGAGGUAUAACUGUAAUUGAUUCAGUGGUUGCACGGCUCAGUUUUCUAGCGAUAUGUGGCAAUUUUUCAUUGCAGAGCUUUGGAUUUAAAAUACAACUUGGAAGUGUUUUGUUUCGCAAUUAACUAUCAACAUUAGAUUCUUCAAAAGUGAACAAAUUAGAGUAAAGAUUUUUAUUUUGCUUUUUAGUUUAAAUUUAUCCUUUGCUUAAAUUGAUUGUUUUCGUUUGUUAUUCGUCUAUCAUUGAUUUUUCUAUGUAUGAAGUUCAUUAUCCAAAAAGUCAGGAGUGAUUCUACAUGAAAUUUAUUUGAUGUUCGUUAUAGAGAUUUUCGCAUAACGAACCAUGAUUCCAAAUUAGAUGUACAAUCAAGUAAAGACCCACAGAAGUUCGAAAAAAUCCGCUGUUUCUCAAUUUAUUAUCACGGAAAAUAAAUUUUGAAUGCGACAAGCUCUUAGGUGUUUUUCCUGCAUAUAGAGGUCUCACGAACGACCGAGAUGUGUGUGCUUCCAAGCAAAUUACGAUAUAAUAACGUUUAUUAGUUGAUUCCGCAGGAUUAACGUUUAAACAACAUCAUUUAAACAUAAGGUGCCAGGUUGGAUAUAUUCCUGAUAGAGUAUUCUGAGUGAAAAAAAGUUUGUCAUUCUACUCAU